GCCAUCUUGCAUUGAGAAAAUGUCGUAGGUUGGUCUUCAGUUUGCUGAUGCUUGGAAAAUUAUAAAGAAGAUUGCGAAGAAACUGGACCCAAUUUCAACUGUGAGUUUAAGAAGAUGAGCAGAAUGGGGCGCGGCAACAAGCGGGUGCCGGACAUCCCCUUGCUGAUGGAGUGCUUCGACGAGGACCUCUCGCCCCACCAGCUGGCGGCGUACAACCGCUGCGAGAACGAGUACCAGGAGAUCACGGCCAAGCUCGAGAACCUGGGCAAGACAGCGGAGGUGAUCGAAAGAAUCUCCGAUCAAGUUUACGCCCUCCAGACUGCAACUGUGGGGAAUGCUCCGUUACCAGCUGUGAAUGCAAGUGCAGCAACUCCAGCUGUUGGCAUCACAAAAAAUGUAAAUUCUCCAAUCACCAGACAACAGGCAGCUUUGAUUGGCCAGCCACCGCCAACCAUUGUGUCUGCACAAUCGGUGAUACUUCAGAAUCAGCAGUCCGGUGGGGUGGUAACCAGAGGCGCUGCUGCGGGAGGGAAUACCUAUCAGCUGGUGAUGGAUCCCCGUCUAGGCCUCCUGGUUGGAACUGUCACCACGCAGUCGCAAGCAACUACUCCUGUGAUACAGAGCACUACGAGUUUAGCUGGGAAAGCAUCGAGUAUGGCGACCCCGCCAGAUGCCCCCUUGCCCCGGGUGCAGUCCCAGGUCGCGUCGACCCCCGCCCGCACAGCCAUGCCGCUGCGCACGAGGACGCAGGUGGCCAUGUCCCAGGCGGCGCCCACGCCCCAGAAGCAGCCAGCCAGCGGGCCGGGCGCGGCCAAGGCAGGCCUCGUGUCGCUGGCCCCAGCUGCCCCUGUUCCUCGCACGAGGGGCAAGAAUGUUCCCAUUACACCUAAACCCGCGGAGGGAAACAGUAUCGGUGGGUUGUCUCUGGGAGGAGCCAACAAGCCGAAAGACCCUGCAUGUGCAGCUCCAGUGGUUGACUUGACCAACGACGACAAUCCGACAACAAAAACCACCAGCAAACAGCCGGUGGCAGAUUCCCACGAGGUGACUUUCAGCAAACUGUCAGGCAAGACUUUCCCGUCGCUGGUGGUGGUCGCUCGACCAAACUUGAGAGUGAAAGAUAUCCCACAGUCAGUCGCUUCUCAGGAGAGAACGCAGCUCGAUUCCAAAGUGAAGAAUGUCUUGAUGUUCUUGGCCACCAAGUUCACUGAAUGGCUCAUUCAGCAAGGCUUGGUCCGUAGUGAGCAGACUUGUAGCAUUCACUACGGCACUUCAUCGUCGAGGGUGCGACUGAAACUUGGAAUGUAUUCCGAUGCAUCCAAGUUCCCGUACAGUGGUGGAUAUGUGUGGAUUAGUGACUGUUGUCCGCAGCGUUUUGUCUCUGUUUUCCAUGGAUCCAUAUUCGAGGGUGCCCCCCACCCUCCCACAGUGUUGUUGAAGCUCAUCUACCACUGGUGUUGCCAGACAAAUAUUCAGAACGUGGUGCAGUGGGUCAAAGUUGACAACUUUUACGUCAAAAAUUUUUACAGCAACAUGCGUAGUAUAUGUACUGUUGCAGUUCAUGAGAAGUAUGAAAAAAUGGGUGGUUCACGCAAGAAAAUAGAGGUUGGAGUGAUAAGCUUGGGCACAACGUCUCAAGAUGGCAACAUGAGGCAAGUCAAGGUUGAAGUCCUAGGAGUGAUGGAUGCUGAGAACAAGCUUGUCAGACUGCGUGCUAUAGAGCCUUUACAGGAAGGCGAACGCAACUACAAGCGGAGGUUCGUGAAGAUCCUGGAGCCUCUGGAGAACUGGGUUGAGAAGGACAGUAUCAUCCUGACAGACUUCACCGUAGACAAGGGCACACUCCACACCAUGGGCUUCACCCAGGUGUACCAGGUGUCUGUCGCUGAUGCCUCGUCAGGGAACAACAAGUUCAGUAACCAAAACGUCAUGGAAUACUUGCGACGCAUUGUCCCUCGUAUGUUUCAGAAUACGCUUUCUCUGCUGAGCAGACAAAUAAUUCAGCAGUUCCUCGACGAGCUAGUGUGGCGUGAGAGGUGGGGCCCAAUAGCCGCGCAGGCUUUCGAUAACAUCAUCUUGCACAUAGCGGAGCAGACGAAGCUGGACACAGGGGAAAGUCUGGUCACGCGACUGAGUAGAGUCUCCGCCAACCCGUUCAAGCACUGGAACUACGCAUCCUUCCCGCCACCGAGCGUACAGCAGCCAUCCGGCAGCAUGGGUUCGAAGGCUGAUGCCGGCAGCAAAACCCCCAGCGCGGCUGCAAAAAAUACAUCUGGGACACCACAGGGGGACAACCAGUCCGUCAGCACCAUGGAGAUGCUGCCUCAGAGCAUCAGAGACGCGCAGCAGGCGGGCGGCUCGGCCAAGCGCAGCAGGAAGCGAGUGGCGGAGACCCCGGCCGCGGUGGCCGGCCCCGCUUCCAAGCAGCCCAAGCGGGUGGCGACCCCCCCGCAGACGAAGGCCGUGGUGACCCCCCCGCCCCCGGAGGAGCAGGUCUGCCUCGACUCGUACUACUACGGCAGCAUGGAGGGAGACGCGGAGAAGAUCAAGAAUGAGUUCAAGAACACUCUCGAUAUCAAGUGCUGUGUCUGCCACCGGAAGUUUGUGAACAACAUUACCUUGAUGAAACAUCUUUUGAUGCACGUGCAGUCGAACUCAGAAUUCACCACGGAGCUGAGCGACCUCACUCAGUGCAAGUAUUGUCUCAAGUCUUUCCCCACGCCGUUUUCCAUGCAAACACAUAUGGAGGAGGUGCACAUGAAGGUGACGACCACGAGCCUGGUGUGCCGCAUCUGCGAGGAGAAGUUCAAGGACCGCAUGUCGCUGAUCGGCCACAUGCACAAGAGCCACGUGGCCACGGAGCUGCCGUACGAGUGCGGCGUGUGCCGGUUCCGCUCCUCCCUGCACAAGGACGUCGUCGACCACUUCUACGAGGUACAUAAUGGUGGUGAGAAGCUUCAGUGCCCAUUUUGCCUGAAGAUUGUGUCUAUUGGUAACCGUGGGAAGAAGAUAUCAGCCAAUGUUAACUUCUACUUGAACCAUAUGCAGAAACAUCAGCGCAAGUCCAUCACUCGAAAGUGCAACAAGUGCACUUUGUGGUUUGUGCACAAGGGCAUUCUCAAAGAGCAUCAGAUCAAAGACCACACUUCCUUCAUGGGACAGACAGGCACAAAGCCGUUCAGCUCGAACUCGGAUGAUGUGAUGAUGUCGCGACCGGCAGCGUAUCAGAACAAUCAAGGUCGUGGUCCGUUGGUUCGGAAAGGCUCCCCUAAGCUGCGCACCUCGUACAACAUGAAGAAGUUUGAGGAGAUGAAGAUUGUGGGUGUGGACCCAGGCUCGCGGUGCUGCGAGUGUGAGGGAGACAUGAUGGGCGAGGACCAUUUCAUGGGCUACCUGCAGUGUUUGAGGUGCCAGUACUCAACUUGCUGUGGUAAAGCGAUGGCAGAGCACACGGUGAUGUUCCACGACUCCUUGCGCACCCCUCAGUUCAGCCUCGGUCGUGUCAGCCAGCUGCCCAAGGAAAUGUUCUGUGUCUGUGGCUUCAAGUCUUCCAGCGGGAACAAGCUUGCCAAUCAUCUUGCGCACUGCAAGCGGAAAAGUGCGUACCCGUCCCCGGCCCAUGCCAAGGCUGCUACGAUCCAGUCAGCGUCAUUCCCGCCUUUGGUGACGCUGGACGAUGCUGAGGAGAAUUCCAGCGAGGACCCCAGUGAUCGCUGGUUGAAAGCUUUCGUGUCCCGGAAGGACGACUCGGAGAACAGCAAGGAUCUGCCGGAGAAGAAGCAAGCUCCGCCAGCAGAAAGGGCCGAUCCGCCCAGCAUGUUGAAUAUCCUGGGUCUGGUUCGCAAAGCUUCUACAGAUGAUUCGAGCCUUGAUCGCGCCCCGUCAGACACUGAGGGAGGUGCAACUGAUUCUAGACCUGAUGCAGAGAAGAACAUGCCAGUUGCUGGAAAAUCUGAAGAAAGCAAUAAUAAAAAUCAAGAAGAAAUGGAAAUUGAAAUAGAUGUAGAUGUGGAGAGAAUAGAUGAUGAUGAUGACGAUGGACCUGAUUUUCAACCUGGUGGCUGUACGCCUGACAAAGAUGAUAAAGCAUUUCCUGGUUUUGACGUAGUUGGUAGUGGUAGCCACAAGGAAGCAGAUGGCUUGGAAAAGGAUUUAGGUGUGCUCAGCGCUUUCGACCAAAGCUCCAGUGGCGACAAGGCAGGUAGCUCUUCACCAGCGUUGGAUGAUGACAGCGUGAGUAGCGCAGCAGAGGUAAGCAAUAACGUGGACGCGGCUUCAGUACAGCAGAAAGUUGCUGGCAGCCCACCCAGAGGAAAAGGGCUAGCUGAGAUCUCUGAUGGCAAGAGUGCCGAGGCGUGCAUCGAGUUGGAAGAGGACCGUAGCUCGAGUCCUGGUGCAACCGAGCUAGAAACUGCCAGUAGUGUUUCACCUCUCGUCCAGCUGGGAACGGAUAGUAACGCUUUGUUGCCUACUGUUCGAACGGAAAAUGGCUAUCCUUCCGUGGCCGUCCCUCCGGUAGCUGACGGUAGCGAAGAGCAGCGUCUCGCCCCACCUGAAGCGGACUGUCGACCUCUCGGCCCGAUGGAAAUGCACUGCGAUGAUCCACCAGUGGAGCAGCUGGAAGCUGGCAGUGGUGGCGUGGACACAGCCGUCACCGGGCCAGCCACAAGCACUGCCGACGCUCGGCCCCGGCUCGAGCUGGGAGCGAACAGCAGCGAACUGCCGCCGGCACACGACACGAAGGGCCGUGAGCCAGUGGCGGCAGGAGCAGGCACCGUACUGCAGGCAGAGGAACAGAUGGAGGUUGACCCCGAGCCGUCGCAACACGCUCCUGGGAGCGAAUGGAAACACUCAGGGCUGCUGGGCAGUGUUUAGUUUGUGGAAACUCUGGGCAUCGUGAGUUCAGUUCAACCCCUUUGCUAUGUUCCAGGAUUAUAAGUUUCUUGGAGUUUUGUACAGUUUUCUCCGUGACUCCAUGUCAUGCUCAACCAGUGUGAAUUUCCCUCUUUUUGCACUCUUUUGACACUUUUGCAUAAGUUAUUCGGGGUCCCUUGAAAACUGUAAUUAAAAGGUUUACUUUGCUUGUGUAGUUAUUGUGUGUUCUCUCUCUGUUGCUUUUUUUUUAUAUAAUUUCUUAGCCAAGACAUUUUUAAUCUCAAAUAUUUAAAAACUUUUUUUAAGCUUCGUGAUUGUUUUGUAGUUUGUGGUAUCUUGAAUCUUAUUACCAAAUUAUAACAUUUGUAAAACGACGUUUCAUUGUUCCAUAGUUGAUGUUGAUUAAAUAUUACUGAUGAAAAAUAUGUAAUAAACUGUAUAGUUGAAAAAAAAAUGUUAUAACCUAAACACUUUAUAUUAGUAUACUUUAAAUUUGUAAUGUGCUGUAGAAAGUAUGUUAAAUGUCAAUACAGUACAUGCCAUGCAUGUGCUCUAAAAUGGAUUUGCUGUAGUAUAGUGAAACCUCAUAAAGUACCUCACUAUAAAUGAUUUCUCAAGAAGAGGUUUUACAUUUAGUAACAGUUCAGUAUAAAGUACUUUCAUUAGUAAGUACCAAACAUGUGGGUUUUUUCAUGUACUUUCUAAUAAGAUUUCACUGUACUGCUUUUCAGUUAUUUUUCACUCACUUUUUUAAAGAAAAUAUGAAUUAACUUUUUUAAAAUGUGUUAUUAUUUAUGUGUAAACUAGAAACAAUGCAAUAAACCUGAAUAAAUGAUUGUUUCAA